AUGGAGUGGAUAAUUUAUGCUUUAGCACAGGCCUGUAAAUUGUUGAAAAAUGCAACUGUGGUGGAAGAUCCUGAAUUCACAGACGUUAUUGAAAAUAUAACUGUUCCGGCUGGAAGAAAUGUUAAAUUGGCGUGUUCUGUUAAAAAUUUGGGCACUUAUAAGGUUGCCUGGAUGCAUUUCGAGCAAUCAGCAAUUUUAACAGUCCACAAUCAUGUAAUUACAAGAAAUCCAAGGAUCAGUGUUUCCCAUGAUAAACACAGGACUUGGAAUUUACAUAUAAGCAAUGUUCAGGAAGAAGACCGUGGACGUUACAUGUGCCAAAUUAAUACUGUAACUGCAAAAACACAAUUUGGAUAUUUGCACGUUGUCGUUCCCCCAAUGUUGUGGAUACCCCACCAGCUGGUAGGGGCGCCUCUGGCUUAUAGUGUGACCCUGGAAUGUUUUACAGAGGCGCAUCCGACGUCCCUGAAUUAUUGGACCAGAGAAGACGGUCAUAUGAUACACGAGUCGAGGAAAUACAAGGCCGAAUCGACCUUAGGGUCUCCUUCGUAUAAGAUGCACAUGAAAUUGACAAUUAUGAAUAUCCAACAUUCUGAUUAUGGUACUUACAAAUGUGUUGCCAAAAAUCCGAGAGGAGAAACCGAUGGGACGAUACGUCUAUACACUUCAAGUCCACCAACGACCUCACCAGGACCUCCAACCACCGAAGACCCAUCUUUGACCAGAUGGGGCGAAAAUACUGGCAACAAUUCUGUUUAUGGUCAUCCCUCCAGUUUGAUUAAUGUCAACCUACAGGAUAAAGGUUCAAAAUACCAGUCGAAUCUGAACGAAAUCGACAGAUCGGAACGAAAAGGCAGUGGUUCUCAAACUAAUGGCCAAAGUAGCAAUAAAGGAGCCGCAAGCGGCGACGACGAUUGGCCCAAUCAGCACACCAGCGCUGCACAAGGACAGAACUUAAAAUUCGCCUGA